AUGGAAUCAAGCGUCACUUAUCUCGGCAUUCGGAAAUUGCAAAAAUGGCGUCUAUUGUGGAUUGCAUGUACAAAAUUUUCGAAAAGUAUAUAUAAAUUCGAAAAGAGGAUUGCUUGAACCCAAACAAAGCCAUGGAUACUGUUAAAGCAUUCAAUGCAGAGCUUUCGUCUCUGUACGAAUUCAAACCGCCGAUAUCAAAGGCUAAAAUGACAUCUCUGACCAGAGGUGCAAUAAGAGCCAUCAAGUUUUAUAAACACGUAGUGCAAAGUGUUGAAAAGUUCAUAUUAAAGUGCAAGCCGGAGUAUAAGAUACCUGGACUUUAUGUGAUAGAUUCGAUUGUUCGUCAAUCGAGACACCAGUUUGGAAAUGAUAAAGAUGUGUUUGCUCCGAGGUUUGCAAAGAACAUACAGCAGACAUUUGUUAAUUUGUAUCAAUGUCCUCCGGAAGAUAAGAGCAAGAUCAUAAGGGUUUUGAAUCUUUGGCAGAAGAAUCAAAUUUUCGCACCCAACGUAAUACAACCCUUAUUCGAUCUAGCCGAUCCGAACAAUCCAAUCUACAAAGAACUCAGUAGCUCAACGCAGGCUAAUGGACACAAUUCUCUACCAAAAGGUUCUCCAGCUCUUCAAAAGACCCCAACAAAAACUACGCAGAGCAACGAAACGCAAGGAGCUGUAAAUCUGAACCUCUCCGACCCGAACGUCCUGCUCCAACUCCAACAGCUGCAGAGACUGCUGAACCGAUCCGGCGGCGAUGCCAAGAGCGAGAGUCAGGUACACUUCGACAAGAAACUGCUGGAUUUCGACUACGGGGACGAAGAGGAGGAGGUUAACCCUUCGCCGAAGCCGGUCGUCGACCCUUCCGUAACCAGUUUGUUGACCAACCCCGAGGUGGUGCGUCAGUUGCAGACGUUGCAACAGACGAUGGCCCUGGCGCAAGAGGUGGACACUGAGAAGCUUCGGAAGUUGCAGGAGAUGAAACAGCAGGAGGAGGAGUUUGAUAAGCACCUGGCCCAAACGGUUCCGAAUCUGCCGUUCGCUGCCGAGUGCGAGUUUAAACCGAACAACAGCGCCCCCAUGCCUCCGGCGCCCGGAGGUUACUAUAUGCCUCCUCCAGAUAUAACGCAGCCGCCUCAGAUGCCGUACAAACAGUACGAUCUGACCCAGCCAGCGACCGAGCAGCCCGUCUACACCACGACCAACAACGUUAACGACAACGACGUGGAGGUCAUCACGCUGGACAACGCGGACUCCUCCCGCAGCCCCAGCCAGGAGAGGAGGAAGCGACGCAGCCGCUCGCGCGACAGGCGCGACCGCGACCGCAGGUCCAGGAGGUCGCGCAGCCGUUCGCGCUCGCGCAACCGCCGUCACAGGUCGCGCUCCAGGGAGCGCGACCGCGACAGGAAGGAGAAGGAGACGGAGAAGGACAGGGAGAGGAAGAAGCGCGGCCUGCCGGCCAUCAAGAAGGAGAACCUGAGCGUGUGCAGCACCACGCUGUGGGUGGGCCACCUGUCUAAGCUGGUGCACCAGGAGGACCUGUCGAACACGUUCGGCGAGUUCGGCGACGUGGUCAGCAUCGACCUGAUACCGCCCAGGGGCUGCGCGUUCAUCGUGAUGCACCGCAGGCAGGACGCCGCCCGGUGCCUGACCAAGCUGAAGAAUCACGUGAUACACGGCAAGGCGAUCACGCUGGCCUGGGCGCCAGGGAAGGGGGUCAAGGGGAAGGACCUGAAGGAUUACUGGGAGGGGGAUCUGGGCGUUUCUUACAUACCGUGGUCGAAGCUGAAGCCGGACCUGGAUACGGAGAUGCUGGAAGACGGAGGGAUGAUCGACGAAGAAACGAUGCCAGACUGGCUGCGCGCCAAGAUAGAAGGAAGCGGCAAACUUCAAUCCGUCGCUCCCCAAGCCGACCUGACCGCCCUACCGGCCACCAUCGACACUAGUCAACCCCCGCCCAUGCCCGGCGCCGGACUCCUACAACCCCCUCUCUCGCUUCCGAUGGUACCGCCGUUCCAGUUCAACAACAGACUCUUGGCGCCCAACAUGCUCAACCUACCGCCCGGCAUGAUGCCGAACGUGCCCAUGGGCGUUCCCCCGCCCAACCUCCAAUCGCAACUCAUGACCAAUCCGCUGUUGGGCAUCGGGUCGCCCUUCCAGGGCGCCGGCCUCAUACCGCCGCCCCCCAUGUCGAUGCAGAACGAGAACGGGCAAGGCGGUGGCGCGGACGCGAACAUGAAGACCCUCACCGAGAGCCUGAUGGGCCUGAGCCAGCCGUUCAACCUGAUGCAGCAGAUGCAACAGAACGCGAUGAUGCAGGAGGACAACAUGGACAUAGAGAUGGAGGACGCUGGAAGGACCAGCCAGGAUGCGCACCCGACGCACCAGGAUCCCCGCACCGCCGACAGGGACAGGAACAGGGACGAUAGGCGCGAUAGGGACAGGGAUAGGGACGGGAAGAACGAUAGGAACAGGGACAGGAGGAGGUCGCGAAGCAGGGAUAGAGACAGGGAACGGGACAGGGAGAGAGACAGGGAUCGGGAUAGAAACAGGGACCGACGCGGUGGUAGCAGAGACCGGGACUCCGGCAGACCGAGGGACAGGCGGGAGAGGGCCAGGUCCAACAGAUGGGGCGAUAGGGACAAGGAUGACGAGACCUUCGCCGACCGCAAGGACAGGGAGAGGAGCCUCAACGAGAGGCUGCAAGAGAUGGCGGGCGGCAUGCCGGCCAAAUCGAACAGGGACCGCAAGGAGAACGCGCCGCCCGCGCUGAAUUUCGAACCGCCGCCGCCGCUGAUGGACGCAGACGUCAAACCCAAGGAAACGACGCAAGACGACCCGAUCAAGCAGCAGCAGCAGCGGGACGAACAACAACAACAGGACGUGGUCGCGCCACAGAACGUCGAUUAUCCACCGCCCGGCAUGGACGUGGACAACGACGGCGCCUAUCCGCCCAUGAGGGGACCCCCGGAGGAUUUCGGCCAGAUGGGGCCGGACUUCGGGGCGCCGCCCAUGGCUUUCGGCCCCAUGGGCGGUCCGAUCGGCCCGCCACCGAUAGGCCCCAUCGACGACUUCCCGAUGGGGCCUAGGGGACCGAGGGACGACUACCACCCGCCGCCCAUGAUGGACGAUUACGGCCCGCCGCGGCCGAUGGACGACUACGGCCCGCCCGGGCCCAUGGACGAUUACGGGCCGCCGCCUAUGGACGACUACGGCCCGCCGCCCAUGGACGACUACGGCCCGCCCAGGCCCAUGGACGAUUACGGCCCGCCGCCCAUGGACGACUAUCCGGACGAUUAUCCGCCGCCCAACAUGAGGGGCGGAAGGCGGGGCGGCAGGAUGCACGACGGUUUCCGCGGCGGCCGGGGACGGAGGGAUUACAGGGACGGGCCGCCGCCGCCGCGCGGGCCCCGGGGACCGCCCGAGUUCUACGACGAUUACGGGCCGCCGCCCAUGGAGGACUACGGGCCGGAGGAGGAGUUCGCGCCCAGGUACGGCCCGAGGGGGGGACGCAUGCGCGGCGGUUUCCAGCCGAGGAUGAGGGGCGGCCCGCCGAGGGGUUUCAACAGGGGCGGACCCAGGGGUAGAUACGAUGUUGAAACAGGCCCCUGGAACGAGAGGAACAACUACGGCCGCUUCGACGGCCCGCCUGACUUCUACAGGGGCGGCGGCAGGCCGCCGAGGGACAUGUACGACGACGGCGGUCCUCCGCCGCCGCGGCGAUGGUCCGGCGGCGGCCGCUUCGACGACAACCGCAGACGUCACGACGACGACGACCCGAGGGACGGCGACGACCACCAGGCGCCGCCCGUCAAGAGGAGCAGGUGGGGCAACCAGUCGCCCAGGGCGCAGAGGAACGACCACCAGGACGAGCACCGGGAUCGAGACGAGGCGGAGGCGCGCGCGCCCGAGGAACGCGAGGCGGCGGGCGGCGACGUGACGCCGCUACGCGACGAGAGCGCGGCCGCUGCGCCGGCGCCGGAGACGUGCGCGCAGGAUCAAGGCGGAGCCCCCGACGGCCCCGCCCACAACGACGACGGGGGCGGAACCGCACCAGAGGAGAACCCCGCCCCCGCCGCCGAAUGAUACGAUAUGUAAAAAGCAAAGGUUUUUUUUUAUCAUGUAAAAUAAUUUUUUUUAUAUUUAAGCGACGUUCGGGAGGGCGGUCGACCCAUUCGUUGUUUUAGUAAUGAUUUACAAGAAAGUUUUAUUGAUCAGUUGUUGAAUCUUCGAUGUUUGGUUGUUGUAUUUACGAUACGAUUACAUCGACCGCCCCUCCGAUACCUUGACUGUACGGUCUCUAAGGUUUUUCCGAAAUUACCUUCAACACGUUGUUGCGUUGAAAACUGGGAAAAGGUUAGAUUUCGUCACAAAAUCAGUGCCGUUCGGUUUCUUGUACAGAGAGGACAAACUAACGUAAGGUUAUUCGCAACAACAACAACAAUAAUAAUUUAAAAAAAAAUAAAGUAAAACAGAGCUGUGAUAGUUGAACACAAUGGACCCGAAAGAUCGGGUAUUUUUCUCCUUUUAAUUUUUAUAUAUCUGGUAGAUAUAAGUUAUGUACAAAUAAAACGUGAAUGAAGAUAGAGAGGCUUUAGUUUUGCAUCUAAACGUUUAUUCUCUGUGAUCAAAAGUAGUUCGAAACGAUCGAAAAUGGAGCAUCGAUUAAGGUAGGUCCAUCUGUGUUCACGUUCACUGUUGAGGGAGGAACCAGCGCCUACUUUCAAACUGAAAGAAUGGUGCAAGGUAUGGUCCAUUUUUCAUUUAUUAUCGCGGUGUUCGCAGCUCAUUGCCCUGGCAACGAUUUGAUCGCAUAGAAUUUUUUAGUGGCAUUCCAGAAAGCACAGAGUUUUAUCACAAUUUUGACAAAUUCUUCGAAAAAAUUACUAAAAUUCACAAGAAUUUUCGAAUUUCGAGAUAGUUUUUAAUUUGCUGUUUUCAGGUUAGGUUUGUCAACACUGUAAAUGGCAAUUGUUUUGAGUCGAGCUGCCACCCAAUGAGCUGCGAAUAUCUUCCAUAUUUAAAGUGUUCGGUUCUUCAGAAGGGUCCUAAAUUUAGGGGAACGAUUGAUUUUUAAUUUGCCUGUUUUAUUUGGAGACUUUUCACGACGCCCUUCUGAUUGGAGAACGCUUUUGUAAAUUGAAUAUUUCUUUAUCGAUAAAUCUUGUAUUGGUAACUGUUGUGGGUGUAGUGUAAAUUCAUAUGGAAUGUACAUAAAAGAUUUAUGUUCUAAAUCUUCAAUGUUAAUUAAUAUUUUAUCAUUUUAUCUAGAUUCAAUUCACUGAAAACUAUUCUGCUUUAAUCUUAUAUGUAUAUCGAUAAUCUGAUGGAACAAAUACAUGAUAUUUGAGUGGAA